UGUCUCACCAACAACCACAGCAACCUACGAAUCCACACGGAGAUCCAUCAAAAUACGCGGCUGGUCCACCUGCUGGUGAUUCAUCGGGCUUGAUUCAACAACACCACCCACAACAACAACAGCAGCAGCAACAACCACAACAACACCAGCAACAAACAUCGGCGGCUGCUAUGGCGGCUGCUGCAGCCGCGGCAGCAGCAGCAGCAGCUACAGGCACUGCUCCCGGUGCUCAUCCUGUUUUCGACUUGGGUAAAUUCUGGCAAGAACAGUUAAGUGUGGCAGAAGCAUUUGAAUCCGAUUUCAAAAACCACCCAUUGCCGCUUGCACGAAUCAAAAAGGUCAUGAAGACCGAUCAAGAUGUUAAAAUGAUCAGUGCAGAGGCACCUAUUCUGUUUGCAAAAGGAUGUGAGAUAUUCAUCACUGAAUUGACGAAACGCGCGUGGGUCCACGCCGAAGAAAAUAAGCGUCGCACAUUGCAACGUUCAGAUAUUGCUACCGCUAUUUCAAAAACUGACAUGUGCGACUUUUUGAUUGAUAUUGUACCUCGUGAAGAAGCUGCAAAGUCAAACACGGCAGUGUACGAUCAGCACGCAUACACAAACUACUAUCAGCCCACCAAUGUGCCACAAUAUGCUUCAACACAGCAGAUCGAUCCAUCUGCGUACUACCAAACACAAUUGUCACAGCUGACACCUGAGCAAAUGCAACAGUACCAGCUUCAGUUGCAGCAAUUUGCCACUCAACAUCCGUAUGCUCAACAAGCCCAGCAAAUGGCACGACAAGGGGCAGCAGGGCCAUCCACUGGCGGACAGCCUGCGCCAGGUCAACCGAAUUCAGACGGUGUAAAAUCAGAAUCGAAUCAACAGCAACAACAGCAGCAUUAGAUUCUUCUGUCACUAUUAUUAUUAUUAUCAUUGUUAUUACUGUUCUUAUAAGAAUCAUAAAACCUUGUCUCUCUUCCUCUCUGAACUUUGGACUUGUCUAGAAUUACUUUACAUAUUCAACCCAAAACCAAACGAAAAAAAAAGCAAAAAAACCAUUGUGCAUUAUUAAAAAAAAUCACUUAUGA